ACUGAUGGUUGGAAAGAGUUCGCUAUUGCACACGAUCUUCGUAUAGGUGAUAUUCUCAUUUUCAGGCAAGAGAAAGACAUGGCUUUCCACGUAACACUCCUGGGACCUAGUGGCUGUGAGUUUCAAUAUGAGUCGUGUUCAGAAGAAGAGAACAACCUCGGGAGGAAUAUUCCAAAGAAGAAGAAUUUAGAAAGAGAAGCUGAGUCUUCUUCACUAGAUCCCUCUUGUUUUCUAGCUACUAUCUGGCCUUCGUCCCUACGUUAUGACACAUUGAACCUUCCAAGGAGUUUUGUGAGGUCAAAUGGUCUGGAAACAAGAUGUGGAGGAGAGAUUGUUCUGAUGAAUGAAAAGGGUAAAUCAUGGACUUUGGCUUUAAAACAAAAGCUAAGUGGAUCUACUUACAUCAGACGAGGGUGGAGACGUUUCUGUAGUGCCAAUGUGCUUAAAACUGGAGGCGUCUACACUUUCAAACUAAUCCAUAGUGGGAGAACUCCGGUUCUUCGUUUGUUCUUCACAGAGUCAGAGUCAGAGUCAGAAGAGAGAAACUUCG